CCCACGCCACGCCCACGCCCCCUCUGCUCUCGCCCCGCGCCCGGCGAGCGGCUCCCUGACUAAGGCCCCGCCCCCAGGGCGGAAUUUCCUGCCCACCCGGAAGCGGAUUUCGGGAGCGAGGGUCCCCUCGGGAUUAACCUAAUGAGAAGGAAGGAAUCUCCUUAAAGAGGCAUUUCUUGAUUUAUCUAGAUUGCAGCCUGAGUUAAUCAGAUUUGUCCUUUGGAUUACAACACUGAUGAGGUUAUCAACUGCACUGAAAGAUAGUUCACCAUCAAAAUGAUGCAUUUUCUAGAAAGAGAAGCUGGGAACUCUGAAAUGUUGUGGCAGUGUCCUCAUUUGACCUUCUGUUGCUUGGACUGUGUGUGAGUGAAAAACCAGAAGACAGUUGCCAGCUGAACUAGUUACAAUGGACUCACAGGAAUCAGUGACCUUCGAGGAUGUAGCUGUGGACUUCACCCAGGAAGAGUGGGCCCUACUGGACACAUCCCAGAGAAAACUAUUCAGAGAUGUGAUGCUAGAGAACAUCAGUCAUCUGGUCUCAGUUGCAAUUUAUUUUUUUCCAGUCAUUUCAGAUAGAGAAGAUGAUCUGAAAAAACAAGAAAUGAUAUCCAUGCAGCGUAUCAACAAGAAGGACGCACCUUUAAUUAGGACAGUGCAGAGCUCUCACACUCAAGAGGAUCCUCUGGAACACAAUGAUUUCAGAGAAACAUUUACUGAAAUCUUAACAUUGACUCAAUAUGAGAUACCUCAAAUGGGAAACAAACCCUGUGUCAGCCAAGAUUUUGGAAAACCCAUCAAUUACUUGUCAUCCUUUAAUCUACAUAAGCAAAUUCAUGCUAGAAGUACAUCAUAUGAAUAUCAUCGACGUAGGAAUGUCUUUAAUCAAAGUUCCGCCCUUAGACAACACAAUAAUGCCACAACUGGAGAGAAAGCAUUUGAAUGUCAUGUAUGUAGGAAAGCCUUCAGUAAAAGUUCUAACCUUAGACGACAUGAGAUGAUUCACACUGGAGUGAAACCACAUGGAUGUCAUCUCUGUGGGAAAUCCUUUACUCAUUGUUCUGAUCUUAGAAAACAUGAAAGAAUUCACACUGGAGAGAAAUUAUAUGGAUGUCUUCUGUGUGGGAAAGCCUUCAGUAAAAGUUAUAACCUUAGGCGACAUGAGAUGAUUCACACCAGAGAGAAACCAAAUGAAUGUCAUCUGUGUGGGAAAGCCUUCACUUACUGUUCUGACCUUAGAAAACAUGAGAGAACACACUUUGGAGAGAAACCAUAUGAAUGUCGUCUAUGUGGGAAGACAUUCAGUAAAACUUCUUACCUUAGACAACAUGAGAGAACUCACAAUGGAGAGAAACCAUAUGAAUGUCAUCUAUGUGGGAAGGCCUUCACUCAUUGUUCUCACCUUAGAAAACAUGAGAGAACUCACACUGGAGAGAAACCAUAUGAAUGUCAUCUAUGUGGAAAAGCCUUCACUGAAUCUUCUGUCCUUAGACGACAUGAGAGAACUCACACUGGAGAAAAGCCAUAUGAAUGUCAUCUAUGUUGGAAGGCCUUCACUGAUUCUUCUGUCCUUAAGCGACAUGAGAGAACUCACACUGGAGAGAAACCAUAUGAAUGUCACUUAUGUGGGAAAGCCUUCAAUCACUCUUCUGUCCUUAGACGACAUGAAAGAACUCACACUGGUGAGAAACCAUAUGAAUGCAAUAUAUGUGGUAAAGCCUUCAAUAGAAGUUAUAACUUUAGAUUGCAUAAGAGAAUUCACACUGGAGAGAAACCAUAUAAAUGUUAUCUCUGUGGGAAAGCCUUCAGUAAAUAUUUUAACCUUAGACAACAUGAAAGAACUCAUGCUAUAAAGGUAAUAAAUGUAGAAGAGUCACCACCCAUGCCUUCAAACUAUAAACACUCUUGAGGACUCACAAUAAGAAAUACUAUGUUUUGGGUUUUUUUGUUUUUUGUAUAUAUAUAUUUAUUGAAGUAUAAUCAGUUUAAAAUGUUGUGUCAAUUUCUGGUAUACAGCAUAAUGCUUCAGUCAUACAUGAACAUACAUAUAUUCAUUUUCAUAUUAUUUUUCGCCAUAAGUUACUACAAAAUAUUGAAUAUAGUCCCCUGUAUUAUAAAGUAUGAACUUGUUGUUUAUCUAUUUUAUAUAUAUAUUAGUUAGUAUCUGUAAAUCUCAAACUCCCAAUUUAUCCCUCCCCACCCCCUGCCCCCUGGUAACCAUAGGUUUGUUUUCUAUGUCUGUGAGUCUGUUUCUGUUUUGUAAAUAAGUUUGUAUUUUUUUUUAUCCCACCUGUAAGUGAUAUCAUGUGGUAUUUUUCUUUUUCUGGCUUACUUCACUUAGAAUGAUGAUCUCCAGGUCCAUCCAUGUUGCUGCAAAUAGCAUUAUUAUAUUCUUUUUUAUGGCUGAGUAGUAUUCCAUAGUAUAAGUGUACCACAACUUCUUUAUCCAGUCAUCUGUCGAUGGACAUUUAGGUUGUUUCCAUGUUUUGGCUAUUGUAAAUAGUGCUGCUGUGAACAUUGGGGUGCAUGUGUCUUUUUGAAUUAAGGUUCCCUCUGGAUAUGUGCCUAGGAGUCAUGCCCUUUCUUCUUGUCCUCUUCAGAUCAGGUGAUGCUGAGGUUUUCAUCUAAACAGAGAAGCUAAAUUUCUGUAUUCUGGUUGUACUUCCCGUGUGUGUGUUAGAUACUUUGCUUCAAAAGAUAAGAAUCAUUUCUGUUGACAUUUUCA